AUGUAUAAUCGUACUGUAACUGAAUCUGAACUUGUAAAAUUUAGUGAGGAACUACGCAAUGCUGCCAACAACCUCAAAAUUGCUUGUAUGUCCCUUCGUAGUUGCUAUGUUACGGAAGCUUCGUCUGUUCAGGAAUUU